AUGCCACAAUUAGUACCAUUUUAUUUCUUAAAUCAAUUAGUAUAUGGUUUUGCAUUAGUUACUAUUUUAUUAGUAUUAUUUGCACAAUACUUCUUACCACAAAUUUUAAGAUUAUAUGUAUCAAGAUUAUUUAUUUCAAAAUUAUAA